CUAGCAGUGCCAUGCCAAGUGAUGUUGGCAUCUGGGUUCUUUGCUUUGUUAGCUGGCGAGUGAUGUUGCCAUUUGGGUUCUGUUCCUCGACAAGAUCCCAACUGUAGGCAGUACUGGUGCAAUACUGUGACUGGUGUCAGAACUUGCCUGCUAAACACCAUGAGCACAUCUCGGUGUCUGCAAGCGUCAAUCUUAGCCUGCGUCGACUGUUCACGGAACUACUGCCGACGGUAGACUUGCUUGUGUUGUUGUAAACAGAUGGAGCUGGGCACUACAGUGUCAUAUGGUUACUCUUAUGAUAAGUCUGGUAAUAGGGAAUAGAUUGUUAUGAACCUACGAGUGUCUUCUACAAGAAUGCCAUGAGCGGGAUGAUAUCUCGAGGUUGAAACAUCGGGUCUUAUCUCACUUCGCACCAUGCAACUGGGUGCGUUGCCGUUUUAAUGCAGCCGAGGAAAGAUGUCCUCCAAGAGACGAGGAGGCUGACAAGGAAAUGCUGUCUGUGAGGACUUCAAUUGAUCCUGUAUGGUUGUUUUGAUUGCCGAGACAUUCCGAUUUUGUCCGCAGGGUAUUAUGAGAUUCGGAGCGUGAGAGGAUGCAAAUGGAGCAGGUCAACGGUGUCGCUUCAUCUCGAGAUGUACCGUGGAGUGAGCGCGUUAGAAAUCUGAACGUGUUAGUGUGCAUGGCUUUUUUAUUCAUCCAGGCAGCUGCUGAUUGGAGACGCACAGUGUACUGUCUUGGGGAUGGUUUCCUCUUUUAGCAGUUCUGGAAGGAAAUUUCCAACCUGGUGGAUCCCUUUUCCCCUUUGUCCUGCCAAUCGUGCCUCAUAGGGGGGGAUAAAGGGUCCCUGCAUUGCAGGGAAAGGGCGUCCAAGGUCUCGUGUUGUUGUCGUUGUUGAUGGUUGUUAAGACCCCCAUGAUAAUGUCGGCAAGUAGGGGGGGGAGAUAGCAGCACGCUUUGUUGCUGAUCUUUCUUUCGGUGAUCCCUUUCUGAGCUUAUCUCACUCUUUGGCACUUGUGGUGUUCCAAAGCGGACAACGCUUGACUGCUGCCAUGAAGCGCCUAUUGUUAUUAUGCCUCCCUGCUAAUUGGUGCAGCUUAGAUACAUGGGCGGGCGAUCAAAGGCUGUUGUGGCUGGUGGUGCCCCUUCAUCUUGUCGAAAGGAGGAUGUUGCUUAACAUUAUUGCGAGUUGAUGGUUGAGAGGCUGUAUAGGGAAAUCCUAGUGUGAUUAGAUCAUCCGUUGAAUGGUAUAGCGGAGUUGAUUCGAUCUCUACGAUGCGUUGGCAGACAGCUACUGCCAUCGCUCUUGUAUUUCUCCUUUGAAGAGUGUACCUGUAAAAUGUGGUCGUGCUUCCAUGGAUGGUGACGGUCAAGCUGUGAAAGCAAAAGCUCGUCGUAUCAACGGUAUGCCUGAGAUCGCAUGCAAGGAGCCUUUUCGCAUGUUCGUGUUGUAAGUGUUUUCUGCACCUGGUGAUGAAGUGCUCAUGGCCUCUUUGUUCAGAGGGGCAAAAAAUAAGCAAUUGAUUUGCGGCGUGGAAGGCUGUCUUGAAAUCCUGGUUGAGGGUACAGUGCUAUAUUGCUUUGGUUUGAUGCUGAGAUGCAUGCUUGUGUUGCAUGUCGGGAGUCUUCGAUGCUACCUUUGCGCUCGAAGGUGUGUAUAGCUAAGAUCGUAGGAGGAUGCCGAGUAUGAGAUAUAAGUGGUGGACUUCACUGUCUGUCAAAGCAUUGACCCCAUUUUGUUUCCGCUUCGUUAUUAAACACGGCCAAACACGGCCAUUUAGUUUUUGGCUCCAUACGUGAAGAUUGAUUUCUGUUUUCAAACCUUCUCGGGUAUUGCUCUAAAAGCGGGUUGGGAUAGUAGAAUGAUUUGGCGAAUCGAAUUGGUGAGAAGAGUUUGAGAUCCGAAUUUGAAACCACAAGUACCUCCUAAAAGUGCUCCUCCGCGUUAUCGGCCAUGGGCUUUUGGCAUGAACGGGCGUGCGCCGGUAGGCCAGAUUCAGCCAAGUGGAAACAGCGCAGUUUCCGUGUUUGGGUGGUUGUUAGCGCAGAGGGCACUUUUAGGAGGUUGGCUGCUUUCAGAACCCUCUUCACAUUGGGGCGAGAUCUACGCAAUCAGUUGCAGUAUCGGUAUGGAUUGCUGGCAAGUGAAGAUGAUUGCGGCGAAAACACAAAGAAUAGCAACAACAUCAGCUACAGUGACGUCAAGGAUGGGGAUGGUGUCAACAACAACAAAGAUGGGGGGGCCGAUGUCCAAGGCUGCACCAAGAUGGGAGUGAUACUGCAGGUGGAUGCGGAAGAUAAUGGAGACGUCAACAACAAUAACAACAAUAACAACAACAACAACGACAACAACAAUAUCAACUACAACAACAAUGACAAAAACGAUGGUGCACAGGGAUUGAAAUUGGGGAAAAUUGGCGAAGGUGGUGGGAAGGAUGACAGCAACAUUAACAAUGAUGGCGUGAACAACAACGGCGACAACGACGACAACAUCAACAACAACAACAGGAACAACAACAACAACAACAGCGGUGACGAGGGCGGUGGCAACAUACACGGCAUCAACAUGAAGGGUGUGAUGCUGUAGAUGGACAUGGAUGAUAAAGGUGGUGACAACAA